AUGGCUACCAACGGAGAUAGCAAUGGCCAGUCGACCGGUACUGGCGAGGAGAAAAUCAACACAGACAUCAUCACUCUCACCAGAUUCCUGACAGAAGAACAGACAAAACACAAGGAGGCCACCGGCGACUUUACAUUGCUUUGCCAUGCCCUUCAAUUCUCGUUCAAGUCAAUUGCCUAUUAUAUCCGACGUGCCACGUUGAUCAAUCUCACCGGCCUUGCUGGUUCUUCCAAUACGACAGGCGAUGAUCAGAAAAAGCUCGACGUGAUUGGCAAUGACCUCUUUGUGGCUGCCAUGCGAGGUUCCGGAAAGGUCAGGGCGCUGGUCUCGGAAGAGGAGGAGGAUGUGAUAUACUUUGAUGACAGCAAGGAUGCCAGAUAUGUUGUGGCCUGUGACCCCAUUGACGGGUCGAGCAAUUUGGAUGCAGGUGUCAGUGUAGGGACCAUUUUUGGGAUUAUGAAGCUGCCAGACAGUGUUGUUGGCAAAAAACCGUCCCCAGAGGAUCUCCUCAUGCCGGGUACUGAAUUGCUUGCUGCUGGGUUCACCAUGUACGGCGCCUCUGCGCAACUUGUCAUCACUAUGAAAGGCGGCUCGGUCAACGGAUUCACCCUGGACAACGCCCUGGGAGAAUUCAUCCUCACACACCCCAACAUGCGCAUUCCCAAGAAGCGAGCCAUCUACUCUGUGAACGAAGGCAACUCCCUUUACUGGGGCGACAAAACCAAGGCGUACUUCGAAUCGCUCAAAUACCCCACCGAAAAGGGCGGCAAACCCUACAGCUCUCGUUACAUUGGAUCCAUGGUCGCCGAUGCAUAUCGCACUUUGCUGUAUGGAGGUAUCUUCGCAUAUCCAGCAGAUAAGAAGUCCCCGAAGGGCAAGCUAAGGAUUCUAUACGAGUGUGCUCCUAUGGCACUAGUCAUGGAGAAUGCAGGUGGCAUGGCAGUAAACAGCAACAUGGACAGGAUGCUGGAAGUGAAACCCGAAGGUAUCCACGAUCGAAGUGGGAUUUUCAUGGGCAGCAAAGAAGAGAUGGAGAAGGUUAUUGCAGCGCACAAGUAG